AUGGAUUACGCCAGCGCUAUUAGACAACAAGCAGAAGAUCUGCAAGAUGAAUUGAAAGAGUUAAGUCUUUGGCAGGAUGAGAUGCGGCGGCGCGAAGAGGCAAAGAAAAAAAGAGGGGUGCAUCCUGCAAACACCGAUACAAUACCACCUGUCAGGGGGACCGUGCCUUCAUUAAAGGAUGCGGUUUUAAAGUCCAGUGGGAAGGUCUCGGGAGAAGAUCCAGUGAAAAAUGCGAAGGAGACAGGUAAUUCCUUUUUUCAGUCAGGAAAAUUUAAGGAGGCCAUUGAGUCCUACAGCAAAGGAAUCGACCUCGAUCCCGAGGGAGCUGUGGCGCAUGUGUUGUAUGGAAAUCGGGCUCUUUGUCAUUUAAAGCUGGAACGAUGGGAGGAAGCAGAACGUGACGCUUCUGCAUGUCUUCGACUGAAUCAUAGUAAUCCGAAAGGUUAUUUUCGUCGGGCCAUGGCACGAAAGCAGCUUGGGAACUUGAAGGGGGCCCGCACCGAUCUUGAGGCGGUUCUUGCGCUUAGUCCAAAUGAUGCUAGCGCCAUUAGUGAAAUUAAAACAAUAACUUAUAUGUUACAACUUGAGCGGGAAAAAGCUGGCCCUGUCGUGAAGAAGGUUGUUAUUGCGGAAGUCGAUGACGAUGAAGAAGAAGAAGAGCGUGAUAGCAAUGAAAAAAAGAGUAAUUACGAAACUAAAACUACAAAUAACGGAAUCAGCAAUGAGAACGAGACCUUUGAAACCCAAAAAAAAGAAAGCUUGCAAAAGGAGGUGCAUGCACUUGAACUUGCCCGGGAGAAGCAGCGUCGACUUCAAGAAGCCAAGGCAAAGGAGGAGGAAUCAAAGUUGAGUCAGAAACGACGGACAUGUGCACGGGUGGAAGUUGUUGAAGAGGAAUCUGUUGAGGCAAAAACUGCGGCUUCAACCUCAAUGACAAAGAUGACGGAGGAAAGAGCGACAUUACCAUACGUAAGCCAAGCCGAGUCAAAGACAUCACCGUCAAAAUCAACCUCGAAUAAACGUGAAACGCAGAGCAUUGCCCCACGCACCGUAAAAACAUCCAGGCUUUCCAAAGAGAUGCUAAAGGCACCAAAAUCCUUCACAGAGUUUGAACGGGUAUUUACUGACAUCAGAGGCGACGAGGAACUCCGUUGCUAUUACGUUUCUUUGAUUCCUCCAUCAAAUCUUCGUACACUAUUUGGGAACAAUAUGGUGCCGGAUAUUCUUCUUGGGCUAUUGCGUACUGUGAAGCUUCUUCCAGGCAAUGUUGCGCUUAACUUUCUUCAAGGAUUAUGCACGGUUAAACGGGUGGAGGACAUUGCUCUUUUUUUUGACAGUUCAGAGAAGAGAGUGGUUGAGGAACUUCUCGACGUGGUUAGCUCUUGUGGGGCGUCUGAAAAGGACAUGAAUCUAUUUAGAGAACGCUUGAGGGUGAUGUGA